AUGGGGAGCGUCAUCUCCGUCGUCCACGAGUCCUACAAGAUCAUCUCAGCCGCCAUCAAGACUCUCCUCGCCCUCAAUGCCGAUUACCAGGAACUGCUUGCCCGCGCGGCCAAGCCCCCCGGCCUCCCAGCCUCAGCCCCAACACAGCCUUACUGGCUGCAGGAUCCGCCCUUUCCAGAACUGGUAGACGCCAGGUCGGAGAAGCUUCCGGAGUCCGCCGAUGUCGCCAUAAUUGGCAGCGGCAUCACCGCCGCCGCCGUUGCCCGCGCCCUGCUACUUGAGGCUCAGCGCAAGAAUGCUCCGCUGGAAAGAGUUGUUGUCCUGGAAGCACGCCAGCUGACCAGCGGCGCCACGGGCAGAAACGGCGGCCACAUCAAGCCUUCGUCAUAUGCCGAUUUUGCCCAAUUGAGGAAGAAGUUUGGACCCGACCGUGCUGCUGCCAUUGUCCGCUUCCAGCGCCAGCAUCUCACCCACAUCCCCCACCUCUGUCGCGCUGAGCGGUUUGACAUUGCCGAAUGCCGCCAUGUUGAGACAGUCGACCUCUUCUUGGAUACCGCCUCGUUCGAAAGGCGGUCAAAAGAAGUCGACGAGCUUAAGAACGCCGUGCCCGAAGCCGAGCACACCAUCCGCGACAGUAAAGAAACCCAAAAGGCCUUCCACACCUCCUCCCAAGUCGUCGGCUCCAUCGCCUACCCCGCCGCCGCCCUCUGGCCCUACCGCUUCGUCGCCUCCGUCUGGCACUCCCUCCUCACCCAGUUCCCCUCCACCCUCUCCAUCGAGACGAGCACCCCGGUCGAGCGCAUCGCCUCCGCCGCGUCUGACAACCACCACCACCACCCUUUCCUGUGCCACACGCCCCGCGGCGUCGUCCGCGCCCGCCACGUCGUGCACGCCACCAACGCCUUCGCCAGCCACCUCGUCCCGGGCCUCCGCACCAAGAUGACGGGCCUCCGCGCCCACAUGUCCGCCCAGCGGCCCGGCACUGCUUUCGUAUCAGACCCCGCCGGCGCGCGCUCGUGGGGCAUCAUGUACGGCGCCGGGUUCGACUACGUGACGCAGCGGCCCGCGGCGGCGGCGGCGACGACGACGACGACGACGACGAAGGCGGCGGGUCCUGGAACGUCGCCCUCCGAUGAUCUGGGUCAGCCGUCAGACGGAGGGGCAGAAGGAGGAGAAGCGCGAGCGGGAGGGGAGGAAGGCGGCGGCGGCGGCGACAUCCUCCUCGGCGGCGGCUUCCUGCGCUCCCUCAAGCAGGGCCUCGACCAGACGGCCGUCUGGGACGACUCGCGCCUCGACGCCCUCACCGCCACGCACCUCAACGGCGUGCUGCCCGCCGUCUUCGGGCCGCGGCACUGGGGCCCCGACGCGCCCGGGGGCCGCCUCAAGAGCAUGUGGUCCGGGACCAUCUGCUUCACGGCCGACGCCGUGCCGUUUGUCGGCAGGGUGGAUCCGCGCUUGACGGGGCGGAGUGUCGGUGUCGGGAAGGCGGAUGCUGCUGAGCGGCGGGAGGGGGUGGUGGAGGCGGGGGUGGAGCCGGGGGAGUGGAUCGCGGCGGGGUAUCAUGGCGAUGGCAUGAUUUACGCGUGGCUGUGUGGCACCGCUGUCGGGUUGAUGCUCGCGGGGUCAGAGGACGAUGAGGGACUGCCCGACAGGCCGGGCUUGCCGGGAGGGAAGGUGGACGCGUGGCUGCCGAGGGAGCUGAGGAUCAGUUAUGAUCGUGUCAAGGGGUUGAGUCUGGCUGAUCUGGCGGAUGAGAUGGAGUAG